AUGUAUCUAGAUCCUGCAAAGGAAGUAACAAUUCUUCAACAAAACGAAAAACAAAUGAAUAAAGGUUUUGUUCCUCUUGCUCGUGGUCGAUCACAAUCAACAAGAUUAAAUCAUGAAAAAUCUCAAUGUCUUUGUAUGAAUUGUAACAAUUCGUAUUCGACUUUAUUUCAAACGAUAAACAAUGUCGAUCUUAUAAAAAAUGUUUUACCAUGUGAUGAGAAUGAUGACUGUCGAAAUCCAUUAAAUAUAUUUUUUACAUAUUCGACUGAUGUUAAUUCAAAACGUCAUCAAUAUAAUACGACAACUACUUGUACGAAUUGCUAUACGAAUAUUGUAAUAGAUAGUGUUCGCGGUGCUUGGGAUUAUACAUUAACACUUGAAUCACCACAAUCAUUAAACAGAUGUCCAGCUCAACAUGUUGCUCAUUGUGGAGGAGAAAUGUCCCGUAUAACAUGGUAUAUCACCGGUGGUCUUUCCGGUUUAUUUCUUGUAAUUGGUGUUAUAUUAUGUAGUAUUAAACUUUGUCGAAGUUCAAAAAAUCAAAUCAAACCGAAAAAGAAAAAAAUGGAAGUACCUGUAAUUAAUGCUUAA